UAUACGCACACACUACAGUUGCCACUUCUUACAAAAUAAUCGAGCAUCAAUACUGGAAUGUCCCAUCUUUAGCACCCGAUAUAGUGGGUAAACAAGGCUGCAGACAAGGCCCAACUCCUGCAAGUAUGGGGAAGGGCCACACCUUCCUUACCCUGUCAUAAGAAAACAUCAAUAUCCUAUCACUACAAAGCAACUCUCACAUUCUAAAAAAAUUCUGUAACAGUAUGCCUAUUGUGCUGAAGAAAGAGAUCCUUAGCAUUUCCACUUGGCCAUCAACUUUACUGAUUUGAAUACAUGUGCAGUAAAAAGAGCUCAGACUGUAGAAUCAGUAUGGGUCUGUCCAAAUCCCUUCUCCGCCUUUCUAGCUGUGUGAAUUCUCUGUUGCUUAGUAUGUCUGAAAUUCUAUCUGCUCAACUCUAACAUGGGGAAAAUUAGGGCAUUGGCCUCAGCAGCAGAGGAGAGCAGGAGAAGGCCACGACAGUGGGAAGAUGGUUCCUUCUCCUACCAACACACAGAUCACUCUGAUGAGAAGUCCAAGGAUCAUGCUAAAGAGAAAGGGGCCCCCACGGAGUGGAGCGAGAAGGAUGGCAACAGGGAUAAAACUCGGAAGAAGCAGAGCCCUAGCAGGGAUGGCAGCAGCACCAGGUCCCGGUCCAGCUCUACCUCCAGCACCAGCACAGGCCUGAGCAAUGCCUCAAGCUCCUCUUCUGUAUCCAGCUGCUGGGGGAGUUCCAGCAUGUCCUACAGCUCCAACUCCAGCAGCUCCUCUAGCUCAACCAGUACCUCUGGGUGUUGGCAUGACAAAAGGUGGCAUUCCAGCUCCAAAUCCAAACCACCCAAAAGAGAUGAAAAGUCCUUCCCCUAAACCAGCCAAGGUGUACAUUGGGAGGCUCACUAGGAGUGUGGGCAAGGACCACAUCAGGGAGAUAGAUAUUCUCUUCUCCACCUCUGGGGAA